GUUAUCGACGUUAAUUCCUCGUAACGAGAAACACGGGCCUUGCAAAAUCCACGUAAGCUGAUUUCGUCGUAAAGAACACGUUAAAAAUAAACACAGGCCUUGCAAAUUCCACGUAAGCUUGCGAGGUCUUUACGACGAAAUCAGAUUACGUGGAAAUAACAGGCCUUUUAGCUGUUUCGUCGUAAAGACCUUGUUAAUUUACGUUGAUUUAAUGAGUAUCGUGUGUAAAUCCCUAAAACUCUAAACCCUACAGUCAGAUGUUCUGUGGUGAUCCUGCUGCUGGAUCAUCAUCUUCAGCUCCCGGUUCCUCCAUCCCGGAGAUUGUCCCGGAGUCUCAGUCACAGCCACCAUCGGUUCCUCCAUCUGGUGCACCACCCCCACCUGCUGCACCUCAGGCAGUUCCAAACCCGGUUGCACCCGAAUACAUUCAUCCGGAGUUGCGGGUGCCGCCGACCGCUCCUUUUGCUCGGUACACGGUUGAGGAUCUUCUCGCUCAACCAGGUCGAGCCGGUUUACCGGUUUUAGACCCCGACCGACCAGAGGGGACUCUGUGGUUUGGGGUCGACAAUUAUGUCGCUACGAGCGUAUCCGAUAUAAUCAAAGGAUAUUUCUCCGAGGCUCACCCAAACUGGAAAAAGACGCCGCACCACUACUUACUUAUGGGCUAACGGGUCAACGUCAAGCAGUUCCACUUUCUCGGUCCGAAAAGUGCAUUGUUGGAAUUGGAUUGGAACGCCAAGUGGCUUUAGUAGCUUCGGUCACUCGGAAUACUUUCCUCCCUUCCUAUACAAAUGAAAGACAUCACAGCAAAGGACAGGAAGACUGCUAAGCCACAUACCUGCACACAUCAUGCAUAGCAAUUCCCAGACGGAAAAAUUGACAGACAGCUACAGGCGGGCGUACUUAGCUACUAAUGCUGGGAAGAGGAACCCAAGGGAUUUCUACUCACUUUUUGACCAAGAUUGAGCCAGAUACUUUAUAGAAAAGAUGGCAUUUUUGAUGACUUUUAUUUCAUUAAUAUUUUUUAACUAAUUAUUAAUCUUUUUUGGGUUUAAAA